AUGGUUACUAAAGGAAUUAUGCUUGGGCACAAGGUGUCCAAACUUGACCUAGAGGUUGACAAAGUGAAAAUCAAAGUUGUGGAUAAGUUAUCACCCCCUAUGAAUGUGAAAACAUCGAGAAUUUUCUUAGGACACGCUGGAUUCUACCGCCAAUUUGUUAAAUACUUUUCAAAGAUUGUGCAUCCGUUGAGUAUGCUGUUAGAAGUAAACAGACCUUUUGAGUUUGAGCAUAAUUGCUUGAAGGCUUUUGAGACAUUGAACCAAGCACUAGUCACCACGCCUAUUCUCAUCACACCUAACUGGUCAAUCCCUUUUGAACUAAUGUGCGACACGAGUGACAAUAGGAUGGUGCUUGCGUUAGUACAACGCAAGGAAAAAAUCCUUCACCCUAUUGCAUAUGCGACCAAGACUUCUAACAAUGCAUAA